AUGCCGGCAGCGGGCGUGGCGAUUUGCUUCAGAGCGUUCGAGAGCGUCCCCACCUCGGGCCUCCAGGGCUCGCACCUCAACCUCUCACAGGCCAGCGCACAGCGCCAAGGAGGAGGUAUUUUUCUUGUCAAUAACAAGGCUGUGAAUCGCGGCGAGAUGCCCUCCAAGUCGGAGCUGCGCGAGCACAUGCUAUCGAGACCUUCCCGGACGGCAGUGACAAUUUACCCGACAUCAAUCGUCGACGGCAACCUCGAGAACUGCGCCUCCAAAGUCGCCCAGAUUCGCCUCUCGCGGCGCGCUGAGUUAGUAUCGCCGGUGCGCCAGCUGGCUCUGCUCCACAGCAGGGCAUGCCUGACUGGCUCCUGCUAG